UUCCAUUCGCCCAAAAACCCACAAACAAAAAAAGUCUCAUUUUUAGCAAACUUACAGUCGUCCUCAUCGAACAACUAUGGCAGCCAUCAAAGUCCACGGAAGCCCUAUGUCCACUGCUACACAGAGGGUUCUUGCAUGCCUUCACGAGAAAGGUACUGAUUUUCAGUUUGUUCCCAUAAACAUGGCUGCCGGUGAACAUAAAUCCGAAAACUACCUUUCCCUCAAUCCAUUCGGUCAAGUUCCAGCUUUUGAAGACGGGGACUUAAAGCUCUUCGAGUCAAGAGCAAUCACCCAUUACAUUGCUCAUGAAUACAGCGACAAAGGGACCCAACUCUUAAUCCCUGGCUCUAACAAGGAUAUGGCUGUCUUAGAAUUAUGGAAGGAAGUGGAAGCCCACCAGUUCGAUUCUCCAUCUUCAAAAAUAGCCUGGGAGGCGUUUUACAAGCCAUUUUUCGGCAUGGUUACCGACUCCGCGGCUGUGGAGGAAAAUGAAGGUAAGAUUGCCAAAGUUCUUGACGUGUACGAGGCUCGAUUGACACAGUCAAAAUACUUGGCAAGUGACUACUUCACCUUGGCCGACCUGCAUCACAUUCCCAACAUUCAAUGCUUGUUGGCUACACCUGCCAAGAAGCUGAUUGAUUCUCGUCCGCAUGUUUGUGCUUGGGUGAAGGAGAUCACUGCUAGGCCUGCUUGGUCUAAGGUCCUCGCUAUGCAAAAACAGUGAAAGGUUUCGGCGAUUUGGAGCCCACCCGAGCUUAUAUCAGUAGUCCAAUGUUGAAUAAGUCCUUCGCAUGUUUAUUUCGGUGUUUAAAGUCUAAUUCGCAUAGACUUUUUUUGAGUGUGGUCUGCAUUCUUGGGGCCCUCUUCUUAUGUUUUUUGUCCUUUUAUGUGUCGAUUGACUUUGUGCUUGUGGUUGGUUCAUCGCUCAUCUACAACUAAUAUACUACAAUAAUUUACACCUGCUGUUGAA